GGUCUGUCUCAUGUGGUGCCCAAUACUUCCAGACCAGUGCCACUGCUUCCUCCAAGAGCUCCUUCUGUACCUCUGGUAUCUCCUCCUGUUGAGACUAAGAAGGCACCCCCUCCGAAACCUUUGAAGAAGCCAACAAUCACAAUGCCCAACGAUCCUCCUCCUUAUAGAGAAUCAGAAGGUAACAAGUCUUCUCCUCAACCAUCAGAACCGGAGAAAGCAGUUCCUUCAGUGAAGCCAAAACCAAAGGCAUUACUGUCGGCUUCAACGGUGUCACAGACUUCCUUGGAAAGCGAACUUGAGGCGACGUUAGCGAAGCGGUUUGCACCGCUAUCAGUGAAACUGGAAGCGUCUCUGGUGGCGCUGGAAGAGGUUCUGAUGAAGCCUAGUUCGAACCUUGAAAGUCCCACUAAACCUAAACCCCUUCUCAAACCUAAACCUCAAUUAACACCUAAACCUCAGUUGGUACCUAAGCCUGAUACAGAUGGUGCUCUACCCCCUCCUGCUCCACGCAGAAAUUAUUGAGCCCAACAAUAAGCAUUAACUUUGUAACCAAUAUUGAUAUAGAACCCACAAUAAUUCAUUUUGCAACUUCG